GUGGCUUUGUAUUUUUGUCUCUGCGUUCUAUUUUCUGUUUAUAUUUAAAAGAAGAUUGUUGUAGAACAAUGACUGAUGUUAUGAAAACGUCGUGUAGGCUUUGCCUUAAAAAUAUAACCGAUGAAAGUUUUGAAGUGAUAAACAACAUUAUUAGAGACAUUCUAGACGUUCUUUUGCUGAAAUUGAAAUUUGAUGCUGAGAGCAAAGAGGUUAUAUGUAACGUUUGCAGAAGAAAGUUAAAUACAGCAUUAGAAUUUAAGUCGACAUGUUUGAAUACCGAUAACACAAUUAUUCCUUAUGUGGAUAGCGAAAAAAUGCUACAGCUCGACUUAGGAGAAGUGUACAGGCAGGAAAAGAAAAGUGAGUUAGUUUGCAGUCAGAAAAUAUGUCGAUUGUGCAUGCACCCAGUAGAAAGUGAGUUUAGGUGCAUACGUGAAGAGGAACUUGAAGCUAUUGACAAAUUGACACCUGAAAUGAAUAUAAAUAUCAUCAAAGAUCCCGUUGUUUGUAAGCCAUGCUUUGAUUCUCUGUGUAUUCACAACAGUUUCAUAAAAGAUUGCUCAGAGGUAGAAGAAAAAAUUAUAAGGAUUUUUGAUAGUUCGGCCAGAAGAAGUCAAAUAGAUACGUCUCCACUCGAUUCGUUCGUUAAGAGUGAAAACCUGGACAAGGAAUUCGAUAUUAACGAGAUGGAAAUGUCGAUCAAAGCUGAAUCUGUCGACAUAAAAUCGGAAGAUGAGGAAAGAAGCGACACGCCACUUCAGACCUCCGAUAUUGUACCAUUCGAGGAGAGUGACUGUAAAAAUAAAGAAGAGGAUGGAUUUAAACAUGAGGAUGGAUCAGAAGUGAAAACCAGACAGGAGCGUAAAUUAUUGUACAAAUGUGAAAAAUGUUUGUACAAAACUGGAAGUGAGAUCCGUUUUACGGCACACUGUGCGAGACAUGAGAAGGAUUUGGAAGCAUAUGAAUGUGAAUCGUGUGAGUACGAAACUGAAAAUAAGAAAUUACUUCUGAAGCACCCAUUGAAACAUAAAGGUUCUUUGCAGAUUCAAAUGUACAGAUGUAACGACUGCGAUUUCGAAACUAAAUACAAAGAAUAUAUCAAAAGGCAUCAACUACUGAAACAUAAAGAUCCUUCCCAGGUUCAGAUGUACAGAUGUAAUGACUGCGAUUUCGAAACAAAAUACAGGAGCUAUCUCGAAAAGCAUCAAUAUGUAACGAUUGCGAUUAUGAAGCAAGGUUCAACAGUCAUUUCAAACAGCAUCAACUGAAACAUAAAGAUCCUUCACAUGUUCAGAUGUACAGGUGUAACAAUUGCGAUUUCGAAACUAAAUACAACGGUAAUUUCAAACAGCAUAAACUGAAACAUAAAGAUCCUUCACGGAUUCAAAUGUACAGGUGUCACGAUUGCGAUUAUGAAACUAAAUACAAGAGUGUUGUCAAAAAGCACCAAUUGAAACAUAGAGAUCCUCCGCAGGUUCAAAUGUACAAGUGU